GCAUAAGAAACCAACCAACACAAGAAAGACAUCCAUUCCUCACUCGGUUCUUUUCUUCCAUCAGAGAAAUACUCUCUCUCUCUCUCUCUCUCUUUCUUUUCUCUCUCACACACAAAACAGAAUCAUGGAUGUCUUCGAUAACGAUCACGACCAUGACGAACCAUUUGUUCGAUACCACAGUAACGUUAACAGAACAAUACUGUACGUGUCCAUGGUUUCCUUCAUAACAGUCUUGUUUCUCGUCUUCGCACUCUACCUCUACGCCCGGUGCGUCCUAAGGGGCCGGUCCCGCAACCGCGCCGCCAUUCGACGUCUCACCAUCGCCGCGCUUCACGUCUCUGACCUCGACGCAGCCGCCGCCGCACACCGACACGCCGAACCACCCAACGCGGGCCUCGACCCUGCCAUCAUAGCGUCGCUUCCAACCUUCGCCUCCAGAACGAAGGUUCUAGAAAAUGGUGGUGAUGGUGGCGGAGGAGGGGCCACCGUGGUGGAGUGUGCUGUGUGCUUGAGUGCUCUAGAAGGUGAAGAAAAGGCCAAGUUGCUUCCCAACUGCAACCACUUUUUUCACGUGGAUUGCAUUGAUAAGUGGCUGGGUUCCCACUCCACGUGUCCUAUUUGUCGAGCCGAGGUGAAGCCGCAGCUUCAACCACAGCAUCGUGAGGGUCCUGUGGGUCUUUCUCUUCACAGUGCACGUACACUGCAUAGUAGGGUGGAGGGUGAUGAUGAUGACAACAACAAUAACGAUGAAUCAUCAAAAAUUAAUGAUUCUAAUUCACGGUUGAGCUCGUUUAGGAGGAUUCUCAGUAGGCAAAGAUCUUCAAGAAGAGUCCAACCGUCUGGCCACGAUGAUGAGGAUGGUGGUGUUGAUCAAGAUUUGGAGAGACAUGAUGAACAUAGAAGGGAGGUAUAGUUGCUGCUAUGGUUUGGAGAGAUGUUUCAUGUUUGUUCAAUACAAAUUGGAAUUUCAUCUUAGGUAAUAUACAAAAAUGUAUAUUAAAAAUCUGUUUAAGUUACUAAGGUAAAUCUUUUCUUUUAAUUGAAUAACAUCACUAAAAACAUUUAGAGAAUUAAAUCUAAGUUUUUGUCUUUUGAUUUUUCUUUUUGGAGCUUUAGCGUUGACUUGUUAAUAUGAAAACUACAUGUGAGCUUGGCUAAUACUACAUUAACUGGUCAUUUUUUUUUUUUAA